UGUGCGUCCUUUAACUCUGUCUCGCCGGCGGAUUUUCACGAUGGUAGCUUUCUUCUCUAAUAUACUCUACCAACACCGCGAGCUGUGUUUUAAUUUACAUUACGUUCACUCUGCAAUGUUUUGUGCUGAUAUGUCUCGUCCUAUCAUACGUGGAUUGUCAUGUGCUGUCUGCGCUCGUCUUUGACCGCUUUUGAUGUGUUUUAUUGGCCAUGCAUGGCUCAGAUCGGGUGCCCACCUGCCGUUUCAUCCAAGGUUUCACCGCGCAGUUGCACCUUAGAAGUCGUCGCACAUGGACUGCAGCUGAAGCAGCCGCCGCCAACGGAUGACCUGCUCAAGUGCAAGCCCUGGUGCCCUCCUGGUUGUCCACGAGGACGGUGCGUUCGCCACAACACGUGCAGCUGCGGCCGGGGUUACAAGGACAAGAGAACGUACUUCGAGGUGAGGUCCAAGGCCCCCAUCCGCUGCAAGCCGGUGUGCACCUACGGCUGCAUCAACGCGGACUGCGUGGCUCCGGAGAUGUGUCGCUGCUGGGCGGGGUAUGGCAUGAUGGGGGGCAUCAGCAACAUGUGCUUCUGGGGUGUGAUGGGCGGCGGAGACUAAACGGGGAAUGUGAACUAAUUCACCACUGGCUUCACGCCUUACAGCAGCAGACCAUCAAGAUGGUGAAAACAACAGAGGACAAGGGUCUGACAUGUGUGCUUAUGUGCUUUAUUUCAGAACUAUAGCUCAAAUCACCGUCAAGCACAAACACUUUACAGUGUGACAAAACAAAACCUCUGAAAUGAAGUGUAAUUGAAUAAUUAAAGUU